GGGCCGCCCGCCGCUGUCAUGUUGCGCGCCCUGAAGCACCUGGCCCCGCGGCCCGGGUGCCAGCCCUCGACUGUGCUGGUUCUGCCCGCGCGCGGCCGCAAAACCCGCCACGACCCGCCUGCCAAGUCCAAAGUCGGGCGCGUGAAGAUGCCGCCCGCAGUGGACCCCGCGGAAUUCUUCGUGUUGACCGAGCGCUAUCGGCAGUACCGGCAGACCGUGGGCGCCCUCAGGCAAGAGUUCGCGUCGGAAGUGCGCAGGAAGGCGUACGAGGCCCGGUCCGGGGUCCUGGCUGAGCGCAGGGUGCGGGAGGCCGCCGAGGAGCACCGGGCGCUCAUGGCCUGGAACCAGGAGGAGAACCGGCGGCUGCAGCAGCUAAGGAUAGCUAGGUUGCAGCUGGAAGCACGGGACCAGGAGCUGCGACAGGCCGAGGACCAGGCCCAGCGGGCCCGGGAAAAACAGGCUUGGGUGCAACUGAAAGAGCAAGAAGUCCUCCAGCUGCAGGAAGAGGCCAAAAACUUCAUCACCCGCGAGAACCUGGAGGCACGGAUAGAAGAAGCGCUGGACUCCCCGAAAAACUACAACUGGGCCAUCACCAGAGAAGGGCAGGUGGUCAGGAACUGAGCACAGAGGCUCCUAGGGGCCCAGAGUAGGGACAGUGCUUGCCAAGGAGCCCCGUGUGCGUCCUAUGGCAGACGGCUGAGCCUUUCCUAGAGCAGCCCCCAUCCACCCCAGAUUCUUAGCGCACUACCUGACCGGAAGCUGUUCCGACACUACAUACAAACUCAGGACAGCAUCAGUCUCUGGGAAGUUCCUGUCACACGAAAGAUCAAGCUGGACUACAUCCCCUCUAGCAGCCAAGCUAUCUUCUGAGUCAUGGAGGACUGUGAGCCAAAUGGUUGCUGCUUUUCUAAGUAAAGUUUUACUGGAGCUC